UGUUCAAGCAAGAGAGAGCUAUGGGCUAUCUUCCCUUCCUCUCUUCAGAAACAUGGAUUCUACUGUUCACAUUUAUCUGCAUAUUUGUUACGUAUGGCUACUGGACUUUCGGAACAUUUGAGAAGUUGGGGAUCCCUGGUCCCAAGCCUUUGAUGUACUUCGGCACAAUUGGCAGGCACAAUCCUGUUUACUACUUAGCUGACAACGAGUGUGCUCAAAAGUAUGGAAGAGUAUGGGGCAUGUACGAGCUCAGGAGGCCCAUGCUGGCUGUGAUGGACCCUGACAUGUUGAAAACCAUCCUGGUGAAGGAGUGCUUCACCUACUUUACCAACCGGAGGAACAUACGUCUGAAUGGGGACCUCUAUGAUGCAGUGUCUACUGUUGAGGAUGAUCACUGGAGACGGAUUCGUAACAUCCUCUCUCCCUUCUUCACCUCUGGCCAUAUAAAGGAGAUGUUUAGCAUCAUGAAACAUCAUUCACACAAACUGACAGCCAGCCUACAGUCCAAGGUGCACGAUGAUGAAGUUAUUACUAUAAAAGACAUCUUUGGACCCUACAGUAUAGAUGUGAUGGCGAGCUGUGCAUUCAGUGUGGAUAUGGAUACGAUCAACAACCCCUCAAGUCCUCUCAUCACCCACGCUUCAAAGUUGUUUAAGUUCUCCAAAAGUCUUUUCCUUUUCCAGGGGUGUUUUCCCUUCUUUCUUCCUCUGUUGGAACUGCUGGGUGUCUCUUUCUUCCCUAAGACAUCUACUGGUUUCUUUAAAACAGUGGUGGAGAAGAUCCGAGCAGAACGGAAUAAGAGCUCACAACAGAAUUCGGGAGAUGUCCUUCAACAUAUGAUGAACUCUCAGCAAGCCAAUGAACCCAAUAAAGAAAAGCAGAAUAAGGGUAAUUACCCAGUGACAUCACACACAUACAGAAGCACAAACGUACUCUCACAUUUAUUGACACCAAAGGUUUUAGGCCUGCUUUCAUCUCCUUCCCUGUUCAUGGAUCCUCUGCUGAUAGGUCUUACUGAUCACGAGAUCACUUCUCAAGCGACAAUGUUUGUGUUUGCUGGUUAUGAGACGAGUGCCACAACUCUCGUUUUCUUGGCCUACAAUUUGGCAAGAAAUCCUGAAGUCAUGAAACACCUGCAAGAGGAGAUAGAAUCCACGUUUCCUGAUAAGGGUCCAGUCCAAUAUGAAGCUCUGAUGCAGAUGGAGUACCUAGACAGUGUGGUCCAUGAGAGUCUGAGGCUCUACCCUCCGUCUCCACGUCUGGAACGAAUAGCCAAAGAAACUGUCAAGAUCAAUGGAAUCACAAUCCCAAAGGACAUGCUUGUUAUGACCCCCGUCUACGCUCUGCAUCGUGACCCUGAACUAUGGCCAGAUCCAGAGGAGUUCAAACCUGAAAGAUUUAGUAAGCAGAACAGGCAGAGCAUCAACCCAUACACUUACCUGCCAUUUGGGAUUGGGCCAAGGAACUGUUUGGGGAUGCGAUUUGCUCUUGUGAUGAUUAAACUGGCCUUGGUGGAAGUUUUGCAGAACUACAGCUUUUCAGUCUGUGAGGAGACAGAGUUCCCUUUGAAGAUGGACCCUUUAAGCCUUGUUGGACCCCUACAACCAAUCAAACUAAAGCUGGUGACACGUUAAAUCAAGUGCAACAAGGAAGUACUUAGUACUUGAUCCCUCAUAGCUGACCUAUCCUCUAAAUUUGCAAUUUUAGUGACUGAAAUGCUACUUAACAAGUUUUAGAUGUGUAUCAUAAGUUUGUAAUCUGAUCUGAGUCAAAACAGGCAUAGUGAUAAACCACAAUACAAUAAUCCUUUGGUAAUGAUCCAAAUAUGUUAUCUACCAAAUUUGGUGGUGAUCAUAUGAAUAUGUUUUACAAAACUUUAAAAAGAUUGUGUCAUAGUUACAUGUACACAUAGCCAAUAAGCUUUGAUAAAAAUACUGUGAACUGGUGAUACUUGUGGAGGCUAAUGAACAAAGCAUAUGAUGCAUGUUUCUAUUUGUGUGUUUUUAGGUAGUUCUUUAGAGAGUGAUGGUGCAUGAUAAUAAUUACUAACCCACCAAUACCACAGGUCUAGCACAAACUCAUUUCCAUUGUCACACAUACAGUUUUCCUGAUUUGAUGAUUUGACCAGGAAAUUUAGGAGGAAACUGGGGUACUUGUAGUACACCCCCACGAGUAUGUAUAAUGUAUAAUUAUGUAUGUAUAAUUACUGAGCCACACAACACUCCCAAGUUUUGAAAUGAGGAAAAUGAGGGAAAAAAAGACGGUGAAUAAUUAACAGGACACCUUAUCAACGCCUUCACACAUAAUGACCACAAAAAUACAAAAAAACCUGUAUGAUGCAAGGCAAUGCAAUAUCACCAUCUAUGCAUACUAUCAUAACAAUUCAGUUUACUACAACUGAAGUCAGCUAGGUGAUGACUCACUUGAAUGAUGAGUUAAGGGUUAGGCUGUACUUUGUUUUGUUGUAUUGCACUGCAUUACAUCAGGUGUUUCUGAUAUUUUAUUGUCCAUCUAAUCUAUGGAGGAGCAAAUCAACAACUAUAUGGAACUAUUAAAACUUCGUACAAACAGUA